UUAUUUGAAAAAUAUAUAAAGUCUAGUUUAAGAUAUUUUUAAUAUGAAGAAAAACUUGACUUGGUUUAUCUGAAUGUCCUUAUUCAAUUGAGGGCACUUGGUAAACAUUUGCUGGUGCUAAUGUUGCAGACUGUUGGGGAAAUGGAUGGAGAUAACCAGACUGGGGCCUUUGAGUUCCUGCUUGUUGGGCUCUUGGAGAAGCCCGAGCAGCAGCAAAUCCUGUUUUGGAUGUUCCUGUCCAUGUACCUGGUCACAGUGGUGGGAAAUGUGCUCAUCAUCCUGGCCAUCGGCUCUGACUCCCGCCUGCACACUCCCAUGUACUUUUUCCUGGUCAACCUCUCCUUCACGGACCUCUUCUUUGUCACCAACACAAUCCCCAAGAUGCUGGUCAACCUUCAGUCUCAGAACAAAGCCAUCUCCUACACGGGGUGCCUGACACAGCUCUACUUCUUGGUCUCCUUAGUGGCCCUGGACAACCUCAUCCUGGCUGCAAUGGCCUAUGACCGCUAUGUGGCCAUCUGCCGCCCCCUCCGCUACACCACAGCCAUGAGCCCUGGCCUUUGUAUCCUUCUCCUGGCCUUGUGUUGGGUCUUCUCUGUCCUCUAUGGCCUCAUCCACACCCUCCUCCUGACCAGAGUGACCUUCUGUGCGUCCCGGAAGAUCCACCACAUCUUCUGUGAGAUGUACAUCCUGCUGAGGCUUGCGUGUUCCAGCAUCCAGGUCAAUCAUACAGUGCUGAUUGCCACUGGCUGCUUCAUCUUCCUCAUCCCCUUUGGAUUCAUGAUUGUGUCUUAUACCUGGAUUGUCAGAACCAUCCUCCGAAUACCCUCAGCCUCUAGGAAAUACAAAGCCUUCUCCACUUGUGCUUCCCAUCUGGCUGUGGUCUCGCUUUUCUAUGGGACACUUUGUAUGGUAUAUCUGCAGCCCCUCCACACCUACUCCAUGAAGGACUUGGUGGCCACAGUGAUGUAUGCCGUGGUGACACCCAUGAUGAACCCUUUCAUCUACAGCCUGAGGAACAAGGACAUGCAUGGGGCUCUAGGAAAACUCUUCCUUGGGAAAGCUUUUCAGAAGCCAAAAUGA